AUGGCCGCAGCAGGGUCCCGCCAGCGCCAGGGCGCCGAGGGCGCCGCGUUUCCAGCCUACCGGCCCGCGCCCGCCGGCGGGGCGCUCCUGCCGGCCCCCAGCCCCGCGGCCGCCCUGCUCCCCGCGCCCCCCGGCCCCGGCCCCGAGCGCGGCGCCCCGGCCCCCUUCGCGGGUUUCCUGGGCAGGGGCCCCGGGCGGGCCCCGCCGCCCCACGCCGGCCUGGGCUCGCGGGCGCCCCCCAGAGGCGCGGCCGCCCAGUCGGCGUCGCAGCGCCGCAAGCGCACGUCGUUCAGCCCCGAGCAGCUGCAGCUGCUGGAGCUCGUCUUCCGCCGGACCAUGUACCCCGACAUCCACCUGCGCGAGCGCCUGGCCGCGCUCACCCUGCUCCCCGAGUCCAGGAUCCAGGUGUGGUUCCAGAAUAGGCGAGCCAAGUCACGGCGUCAGAGCGGGAAAUCCUUACAGCCCCCGGCGAGGCCAGACAUCUUCCUCAGCCACUCUGCUCCUGGAACUGAGAUGAAGUGUUUGAAGCCCCACCUGCCUCUUGAGGUAGAGGUGAACUGCUUCACUGAUCCAAACAGCAUCUCUGACUCUAGCUCUCAGGGUCAGAAUUUUGAAACCUAUUCCCCUCUCUCUGAAGACAUUGCUUCAAAGCUAGACUUGUGGGAGGAACACAUCUUUUCUGCCUUUGGUAACUUUUGAGGACUCUGGGAGAAUUCAGAUAACCUUAGAGGAGCCAUGAGUGACAUCCCGGGAGACAUACAUCAGAAUACCGCCCUUUCUGACUUCCAUGUUCAGGACAUGUCCUUG